CCAACUUUUUUUUUUUCUCUCUCUCCCUCUCUCUCCCUAAUACAAUUUCUUCCCUACAUUUUAUGCCUCCCAUGGUAAUAUUCUUACCCCCUCUUCACUCUGCCAGUAUACCUCUUUGUUAUGAUAUUUCUUUCCUGGCCAUGGAUUUUUCUCUUCACUAAUAUUUUCUUUACUUUUUGGUGCUGAUAAAUAUGCCCUUUUCUGUUUAGUAUUUUGCAAGAGCUUUUCUUCUCCCUAUCCUUCUCCCCUUUCUUCCUUCCUUCCUCCUCCUUCUUCUUCUCCUUCUUUUUCUCCUCCUCCUCCUCCUCCUCCUCCUUCUUCAUCAUCAUCAUCUUCUUCUUCUUCUUCUUCUUCUUGGGUCAAAGUACAACUCAAAAAUGUCGAGCUCCAACAACUUUGCAUCAGAGAAAAUCUGUUACAUACCGUGUAACUUUUGCAGUAUUGUCCUUGCGGUAAGUGUUCCAUGCAGCAACUUGUUUGAGAUCAUGACGGUCCGAUGCGGACACUGCACCAACGUAUGCUAUGUGGACAUGGGAGCUGCAUUUCAAUAUUCCAUGUCUUCGAAAGAUGUUCAGAUUCCUGCCUGCUCUUCACUUCACUGCAAACUUGACUUGGGUAGUUCAUCUUCCAAAUGCAAGAACAAGCGAGCACCACCUGCAAAUCCCACCACUGAAAGGAUUGUUAAUCGACCUCCUGAAAAGAGGCACCGGACCCCUUCCUUAUACAAUCAGUUUAUCAAGGAGGAGAUUCACAGGAUCAAGGUGAACAAUCCUGAGAUUAGCCACAGAGAAGCGUUCAGUACUGCAGCUAAAAAUUGGGCAAGAUUCCCUCACAUUAAUCUUGGAUUGAUGCUGGAGAGCAGCAACCAGGGUAAGAUGGAUAGUGACCUGAACAGCAUUUAAUUUGAAAGAGGUUGGCGGCUGAAUAAAUUGUGGUUUUGGGGUGGAGCAGUCAAGACUUGACAAGAUUAAAGAAAGCCUUGGAUUCAGCGUGUUAAUGAAUCAAUUAAAUGCUGCAUGAACUUAUUUAAUUAUGAUAAUUAUGUGUUUGUUUGGAAAUUAAUUAAGUUGUUUCUGUACUCCAAUUAUUUUUUGGCUUGUAUGUAUCUAUGUAUCUACGUACCUAGUACUUGUUUGAUCAGUAGUUAUUACUGCCUAGUUAUCUUCGUGUGUUGUUUUAACCUUGAAUGCUAUAAUUUGGUUAAUGAUUUUUGCAGUACCGUUAGCUAGCUUCGAUACAUACAUAUAUACAUAUAUAUAUAUAUGUACACAGAGGGCAGGAACGUAGAUAACAUUUCAUGGUUGUUAAUAUAAGUACUAAAUAUUGACAGGUACUGGGUAAAUUACUAAGGAACAGCCAGCUUCAUUUUCAAUUCGUGUGGGCUGGAUCUUCUUGUCAGAAGUUUUUCUAGAGCUUUGGUUAUGUUCUGCAAGCCCUAGCUAGUAUCGUCUUCUACAUUUUAUUUUGUUUUCUAUGAUGCUUUAGGGGUCUUUUUGGGGUUUAUUCUCAGUUUGGGAUAUGGACAUCUUCUUAAUCUCAGAAAGUGCCAUGCCCAGAAAACUGUAUGUAAAGGAAACUAACCUUGAAAAAAUUCUAUAAAUAAACUUAAACAUAAGGAAUAUUAGGAGAUAGCCUCUUUCAGUGGUAUAAGCUA